CCGCGACCUCCACGGCCGCGCGGCUGUGGCUCUGCCUGGGCGCGACAGGAUGUGGUUAGUACCUUGAGGAACUGCAGACACCAGAGAGAAAGCCUUAGACAGCCAGGUUGGAUCGAGAGAGCAGAUGCCUGGGAAGCGCUCAAUUUAACCCCAAGUCUCUCUCCAGGAGGGAAAAAAAGGAACAAAGGGAAACCACACUGCAAGGGACUACAAGGCAAUGCCAGGAUGAGGGAGUUGGAGUGACCUGGGUGAUUCUGUGUGGGUCAGUCAGGGAGGCCUUCCUGGAAGAGGCCGAGGCCCCAGGGUGUGGCCACCACAACCCAUCAGGCUAUUUCCAGGGCCGGGCCAGCGCUUGGAGCUGACCCAGCCGGGGUUCCCAUUGGUUCCCGAGGAUGAGGCUACUCCGCAGACGUCACAUGGCCAUGCGCCUGGCCAUGGCGGGCAGCGCCUUCGUGCUCUUCCUCUUCAUCCUGCAGAGGGAUGUCAGCGGCAGGGAGCAGGCCACAGAGAAACCAUGGCUGAAGUCCUUGGUGAGCCAGAAGGAUCAUGUCCUGGACCUCAUGCUGGGGGCCGUGCACAACCUUAGGGAUUCAAUGCCCAGGUUCCAGAUCAGGGCUCCGGAGCCCCAGCAGACACUGGCCUCCACAAACCGGACCUGCCUCCCCGAGUUCUAUGCCCCAGCUGAGCUGAAGCCCUUCUGGGAACGGCCACCACAGGACCCCAAUGGCCCGGGGGCAGAUGGGAAAGCAUUUCAGAAGAAACAGUGGACGCCCCAGGAGACCCAGGAAAAGAAAGAGGGCUAUAAGAAGCACUGCUUCAAUGCCUUUGCCAGUGACCGCAUCUCCCUGCAGAGGGCCCUGGGGCCGGACACUCGACCGCCUGAAUGUGUCGACCAGAAGUUCCGGCGCUGCCCCCCACUGCCUACCACCAGCGUCAUCAUUGUGUUCCACAACGAGGCCUGGUCCACGCUGCUGCGGACGGUGUACAGUGUCCUGCACACCACCCCAGCCAUCCUGCUGAAGGAGAUCAUUCUGGUGGAUGAUGCCAGCACGGAAGAGUACUUGAAGGAGCCGCUGGAGCGGUACGUGAAGCGGCUGCAGGUGGUGAAGGUGGUGCGGCAGGAGGAGCGGAAGGGGCUGAUCACCGCCCGGCUGCUGGGAGCCAGCGUGGCCCAGGCGGAGGUGCUCACCUUCCUGGAUGCCCACUGUGAGUGCUUCCAUGGCUGGCUGGAGCCCCUCCUGGCUCGCAUCGCCGAGGACGAGACGGUGGUGGUGAGCCCAAACAUUGUCACUAUUGACCUGAACACUUUUGAGUUCUCCAAGCCCGUCCAGAGGGGCCGAGUCCAGAGUCGUGGCAACUUUGACUGGAGCUUGACCUUCGGCUGGGAGACCAUACCUUUACAUGAGAAGCAGAGGCGCAAGGAUGAGACCUACCCCAUCAAAUCCCCGACGUUUGCUGGUGGCCUCUUCUCCAUCUCCAAGUCCUACUUUGAGCACAUCGGUACCUAUGAUAAUCAGAUGGAGAUCUGGGGAGGGGAGAACGUGGAAAUGUCCUUCCGGGUGUGGCAGUGCGGGGGCCAGCUGGAGAUCAUCCCCUGCUCUGUGGUCGGCCACGUGUUCCGUACCAAGAGCCCUCACACCUUCCCCAAGGGCAUCAGUGUCAUUGCUCGCAACCAAGUGCGCCUGGCUGAGGUCUGGAUGGAUAGCUACAAGGAGAUUUUCUACAGGAGGAAUCUGCAGGCAGCAAAGAUGGCCCGAGAGAAAUCCUUCGGUGACAUUUCGGAACGACUGCAGCUGAGGGAACGACUAAACUGUCGCAACUUUUCCUGGUUCCUGCACAACAUUUACCCAGAGAUGUUUGUUCCUGACCUGAAGCCCACCUUCUAUGGAGCUCUCAAGAACCUCGGCAUGGAUCAUUGCCUGGAUGUGGGAGAGAAUAACAAUGGAGGAAAGCCCCUCAUCAUGUACACCUGCCAUGGCCUUGGCGGCAACCAGUACUUUGAAUACACAACCCAGAGGGACCUUCGCCACAACAUUGCGAAGCAGCUGUGUCUAUAUGCCAGUGCUGGCACUCUGGGCCUUAGGGGCUGCCACUUCACUGGCAAGAAUAGCCAAGUGCCCGAGGAUGAGGAAUGGGAAUUCAUCCAGGAUCAACUCAUCAGGAACUCAGGAUCUGGUACCUGCCUGACAUCCAAGGACAAAAAGCCAGCCAUGGCCACCUGCAAUCCCAGUGAUCCCCACCAGCACUGGCUCUUCAUCUAGGCCCUGGAUCACCCCCCUGUGGGAGAUCCCACAAGCCUCUCAGGAAACAGGAUCUGGGGGAACCUGAUGUUUGAGAACCUGAUCAUCAGUUCCCUGUCGGCCUUAAAGAUGGAUUUCAAACCCGAUGCAAAUCAAGGCAGGACCUUCCUACUCCUUGCAACAACAUUGGGCCCAUUUUCUUUCCUCCACGUUGGUGGAAGAGACUGUUAGAACACAUAAUAUGUGACCUAGAGCUUUCCUUCUGCCCUAGAAACAGACUUCCAAAGCAGAGGAGGCAGCUGGGCUAGAGCCCAGGGCAGCAAUGCUGAAUUCAAGAAAAGUACCUCUGCAGCCACGUCCUGAAUCCCUGGUCAUCUAGAACACCCACAGAAUCCAGUGAAACAGUAUAUUCUACCAGAGGGAUUAGAGGUCUAAGAGUCUCCCUUGCUAACAUUACCUGAAGCUCCUUGACAGGAAUCCUUUAUCUUAUUUCAUCUGCACCCAUAGUCCUGUGAGAAGGACAGGAACCACCGUGCCCAUUUUAUAGACCAGAAAGCUGAGGCAGAGAGAAGUAAAGGAGCUGGCCUGUAUCCUGAACCUGGGCUCCUCCCACCACACCACAAGAACACUAGGCAACUAGCCACCAGCUCCCCACUCUCUCUUCCCUCCGGUCUGAUCAUUUCUGGCUAGCUGGUCUCCGUAAAGCCUAGAGCAGUGCAGCCAGGUAGCCGUGAGGGAGACCACAUUUAGGAAUCCUGGGAUGUUCGUUUUGAAAGAAAGCUUGUGGAGCCAGUGAUUCUCAGGUUUAAGUCCCAGAACCUUUUUUCGGUGCUCCAUGUAUAAUGUACUUCAGAAGCAAAAUAGCCAUGGAUGAAAAUGAGGGUGGGGGAGGGCAUUGCCCACCAGCCCCUGAACUUUUCUAAAAGUUUGCAAGCACAAUUUGAAAAUCAUCGUUUUAGUCCAACCCUAUCAUUUUCAUAUUAUGAAACCAAGGCCAGGUAAGUGAAGUUAUUUGCCCCAGGCCACACAACCACAUAUUGGCAGCCCUGAGGCUAGGACCCAGAUAAGGCUAACAAGAGCCCUGGGAAGUCUGAGGAAGCCGGGACAGCAUGACUGCGUGACUGGCCUUGUCUGUGGGUCUCGCGUGAACUCCCCGCGCAGAGCAGACCUGCCGUGCAUGUCAGCUCUUCCCCAAGCAAGUUGGACCCCACCACGCGUGGCUGCUUUGCCUGAAGUAGAGAGCCCAGCUGCCCAGAGGACUCUCAUUCCUUCUUGGAGGGCUUCCUACUUUGAGUAGCAGGCUGUCAUCUUGGACAGCACCGCAUGAGGGUGCCGUGGGACCACAGCUGCCUCUGCUUCCCACGCAACUCCCCGCCGCAGGAAGUCUCCUGGGUCCCAUGGGGUAGCCCAGCCAAAGGGAGAGGAGAGAGUGGCCAGGACGUGUCCUGGAGUGGGGAAAGGGAAAAGCUCUUUCCCAGAAAGAGAAGAGAAUUGCACAUGAGAUCCCAGUGGAAAUAAAGGUUUUAUGGCAUUGGUAAAGGAAGCUUGCAAUUGGGUUCCUCCUCCCCUGCAAUGCCCCUUAGCUGAUCCGUUUGGAGGAUCAGUUGAUUCAAGCUGUGAAGAAUCACACACAUCUGAAAAGUUCUGUCACAGCCACUGUCUCGUCUCCAAAUAUCCUCUGGCCCCCAAUCUAGCCUACACACUGUGUCAAGCACAUGUAGACAUGAGGAAAUAAUAAGGCUCUUCCCCCAUGGAACUUACACUUCAGCUGGGAAAACAGAGAUGUAAGCAAGUCAUGCCAAGCCUGGAGAUGUUCAGAGAUGUGCUACAUGAAUUAGAACAAUUCCUUCCAUUUAGGGAAGCCUCACAAAGUUGGUGACAUUUGACCUUAGACCUCAAAGGAUGGAUCCUCAGGUAGGAAGAGCUCAGUUAGCAAAGAUCUCAAGUGUGAGAAAAGUCACAGAGGGACAACAGUGCAAGUGGAUGCAGGGAACCAAGAGGACUUCAGGGUGAGGGUGCAGUGAAUGUAGAAGCUAGAAGAUCAGGACCACACUAUGGCUUUCAUGAGCCCUAGGCACUUGUGCCUUCAUUAAAAAAGUGUUAAAGAGUAUGUUUUACAACUGCAUUGAUACAACCACGAAUAUAAUCCAGGAUGAUUGUAUUCUGAUUUUAAAAGAAACUGAAACAUUUUUGUGGGCCUAAAAAGUAUUGUGGGCCUCAGGCACUGUACCUGCUGUGCUUACUGGGUUAGUCGGCCCUGUAGAACAGUGGCUUGGGGCCCAGUUGAAAAGGCUUUGAAUGCCAUGCUAACAA